GAAAGAAGCAGCUCUGGUUGCCUCUUGGGAUAUCUGUGACAGCAGAGACCCUCAGCAGAAAUGAACGCGAACCCCCCUGCAGGAAGUGCCCUGGCCCCUGGUGGAACAACUGGCCCCACUACACCCAAGAAGGGACCACCCAAGUUCAAGCAGAGGCAGACUCGCACAUUCAAAAGCAAGGCCCCCAAGCCAGGCCAGAAGGGCUUUGGUGACGAUAUCCCUGGCAUGGAGGGUCUUGGCACAGACAUCACAGUGGUGUGCCCAUGGGAAGCCUUCGGCGACAUGGAGCUGAGCGACUUGGCCAAAUAUGGGAUAAUUUAAACCUGCUGCCUCCUGCCUUCCUUGCCUGUCUGUAGCUCUCCUCUGUCCAAUCCUAUUCACCCUGCCUUUCAACCAUCUCAGCUUGGCACGUCAUGAUAAGGCUGUCAGCAAACCCCCUUGUGUCCUCUCGUCUAUUUACCUCAUGCUUUAGUCUACUAAGUGGAUGCAACGCAUAAUAAUGUUCUUAUUUUUAUAUUAUUGUUAUAUGAUACUGUUUACAGUAUAUAUACUUGAAAUGAUAAGACAAGAAAAAAAACUCCUCAUACCUUAUUCCCUUCCCCGUCAUCCAUCUACAACAGUUUUCUCCUGACUUCUCCUCCUUUCUUCUCCCCUCUCCCCCUUUGCCAGUCCUAACCCAUGGCAAUGUACACAAGCAAAACACUAGUUAAUACUAGGUGGUAUUUGCUUCUAGCUGUCUAUUAAAAUGUAAAUAUUUUGUUUUCAGUGUUGAACCUUUUUACCUUGUCGUCCAUCUUACCUUUUGUACUUCCUUCCUCUUUUAUUUUGCAUUGUAUUUUCUACUCCUUGUGCACAGGGUUACUGUAAACACCAAGGGAUGCAAGGAGAGGGUGCAUUAUGCUGUAAUGGUGAAAACUACAAUGCACUUUCAUGUCAUCAUGGAGGAGGAACUCCUUUUUAUCCCAAUCUCCAGCUUUUUCUGUCCUUGCUGCUAUUUGAACCCACAUCCCUCCUUAUAGAAAAUAAAGGCGUGGACCGUAUGUAUUUUGUU